GCAAGAGAAAAAUGAAAAGAAAACAUACUGUCUUUCGAAAGAUGAGGGGCUUUUGUGUGACCAUUUUUCAUUUUAUGCUUCUUUGUCUCUUGUUUUCUCUUUUUUCUUCUCUAUUUUUCCUUUUCACAAGAUCAGAAUGAAGGCCAAGACCGGUAAAGGCAAAAUGAAGAAUACUGAUAUUCUUUCAGCCGGUAGUAAAGUAUAUGCAAAAAAGAGAAAAGCAAAACAAGAAACAGUAGAAUAUGUUGAAUUUGAUCCCGAGAAAAGAAGUGAAUUCUUGACAGGAUUCCAUAAGCGUAAAUUGGAAAGAAAGAAAAAAACAAGAGAAAAAUAUGCUCAAUUAGAGAGAGAAGAAAAACUUCGUAAUCGUAAAGAAGCAAGAGAACAAAGACAACGUUUAGCGGAUAAAAAUGUUCAGGAAAUGGCUGCCAUGUUACGAGGAAAUAUUGAAGAACCUGAUACAUUUCAAUCGGAUGAAGAAGAACAAGUAGAAGAAGAAAAGAAGGGUCCUGUUGUACAAGAAUUUAAAAACAAAUCUACCUUGACUACCGUGACAGUCAUUGAAGAUUUAGACUUGGACAACUAAGAACAAGCCUUGUAGAUACCAUUUAAACAUUGUUUUGAAAAUGCAACGAAAAAAAAAAAGAUAGAGAGCGUUUGUUUUGAAAUGUAGAUUAAGGUUAAGAGUUAGUUGUAUACAACGAUCGAUAAGAUAUCAUAUGCUACAUUUUUACUAUCCUAAAGUCUAAAUAAACAAGUCUUCUUUUUUUACUUAA